GGUGAGGGAGUGAGGGAGCAGACGAGAGGACGAGGAGAUGGAGCUGUGCGUGUGGACCCGAGUGGUGUUGCUGAUGGCUGUGCUGUGGGCUGACAGUGCAGGGGCUCAGUGUGGGGACCAAGACCCUGACUGUCACCUCAAGGGCCUGGACACCAGCCUCCUGGCCUGUAAUGAGGUGUGUAACAGAGGGCGGAGCCUGGAGGUCCCGCUGUUCCCUGGGAAUGGUCGGCUGAUGCCGGUGGCUGAGGCCCUGCGCAGUUACGUGAUGGGACAUUUCCGCUGGGACAAGUUUGGGAAGAAACGAGGGAACAGCUCGAGGUCAGCGCGGGGCGUGUGGGGGCCACGCUGGGCCUCCCGGGAGCUGCUCGGUCCACGGGAGGACAAACGAUCCUACUCCAUGGAGCACUUCCGCUGGGGGAAGCCAGUGGGCAGGAAGAGGAGACCCAUCAAGGUUUAUCCCAAUGAGGACACCUCAGCCGAGGGCCUGGGGGACGAGCUCAAACGUCAGAUCUCCGCAGAGGCCUGGGGCCCCGGAGAGGCCUGGGGCCUGGGACGGGAGAUCUGGGGCCUGGGAGACAAGGCCUGGGGCCCGGUACAGGCCCAGGGUCCCUGGGGCCCAGGUGAGGAGACCUGGGGCCCAGAAAAGGAGACUUGGGGCCCAGGACAGGAAACCUGGGUUCCGGGGCAGGAGCCUGAGCAGAAGAAGGAUGGGAAGUUGUACAAAAUGACCCACUUCAGGUGGGCUGAGGGCUCCAAGGAUGGCCUGCGUCAAGCGGGGUCUAAACAUCUGCUUCCCAUGUUCCCCAAGACCCCCGAGGCCAGCCUGCCCCAGGUGGGUGCCAACGAGGCCGAGGUGGAGGCUGAGGAUUUGGAGAAUGAGCUGGGCCCCGAGGAGAAGAAGAAUGAGGAGGAUUACAAAAUCGGCCACUUUAGGUGGGGGUCACCACUGAAAGACAAGCGCUACGGGGGCUUCAUGAACUCCUGGGACCGCAGGCCACUGCUCACCCUCUUCAGGAAUGUGAUGGGGAAGGAGGGUCCAGUUGGGAGGGGCCUGGGGCAGUGA